CAGAUGUUUUAGGCUUUCAUUAUUAUUACUAUUAUUAUUUUUGUAUUUAUAGGUGACAACGAACUGGGGCUUUGUACUUGUAUCUUCUUUGAUCCAGCAGAUGAGGAUGGAAAGGAACCAGGGGUUUUUAUAACUGAAAUUAUUGAAGGAGGUGCAGUUCACAAACUUGGAUGUAUCCGUGUAUUUGACCAGAUUAUUAAAAUAGGUGACAUCAAUCUAAUUGGAUUGGAUGAAGCAGAAAUCGUCUCUACUUUUAAAAAAAUGGACGAUUCUCCUUUCCAGAUUGAAAUUGGCCGCGAACCACCUGAAGUGAAGUCAGAACUUAUCGAACUCCUCGAGUUGUCAGAGGAAAGGAAGAAAUAUUUUAUGGAUUCGCUCAUAGUACAGGAAAAAAUUAGAGAUAUCACUAUUGUGAGAGGACAAGCAAGUAUUUGUAGAAGUCCAAGAGUACCAUGGUACUGGAUGGCCAGUGACCUGAAAUUUGUUAUUGGGGCACUGAAAAUAUUAAUAGAAGAAGAUCAGGGAUGUAGAAAAAACAUCCAAGCUAUCUUUGAGCAGGCUAACAUUUUUCAAGACAAAUAUAAAGACAUGAACACAUACAAAGUGAAUAUGGAACAGAAACCUGAUGAAUCAAAUAAAGAAGGCACAUUUUUACCAUUGGCCCCAGAAGAAGAAUUAUUACUAGAACAAUUUAAAAUAAAACCUAAAGAGAUAAAAAAUGAAGAUUUAUCACCAGGGCAAUUAUUAGCCCAAGGGGAUUUCAAUUCAGGUGAGAAAAAUGAGGCCCGGAGAAGAUAUUCAGAUAGUUACCUUCCCAGCGGUGACUUCAUGGCUUCUGGCUCUAAAAUCAAGGCCAAAGAGACCCAAAUAAAAAAAGAAAAAGAAGAAGAAGAAAUAGUAGUGGAGGAAGAGAUUAUUAGCACUGGAAAACCUACAGAGGGAAAGGCUAAAAAGGGAUUUUCCUGGUUCCGCAAUAUCAAAGAACGCAAGCUGUGGAACUUCUUUCAUUUUAAAAAACAUGACAAACAAGUAAAGAAUGUGCACAAGUGGGAAGAAAUUGAUCAAGAGGUAUUGGAUGAUUACUGUCCUUAUUCUACUGAAGCCCCUAAAACAUUGCCAACACAGUGGACAAAUAUUGAAGUUGGUAAUUGGUUAUGGAGUAUUGGAAUGGAGGAGUAUGUUGUAAAAUUUUAUUGUAAAGGAAUAAAUGGUGAAAAACUCCUUAUACUGGACAAUCGCUCGCUAAAAGAAAUCGAAGUCAACAGGAAGAAAGACCGCCAGAAAAUACUUAAGGCUAUUAAGAAAAUUAGAGAUUUUUUGGAAAAAAAUCAUAUUUGGGUCUUACUAUAGAAAUUGAUGGAAAGAAGACACAGAACCUGAAAUAUAUGGCAAAAAUGGAAAAUGCAAUUACUUUUGUUAUAUUGAAUUUUCAUCAUUUUACUUGUAUGUUACUUUUGCUAUAUGAACUUUUAAUCAUUUUAUUACUGUUAUUCUGUUAUAAUUAACUUUUAAUCAUUUUGUUACUGUUACUUUUGUUGUUAUUAACUUUUAAUCAUUUCACUUCAAUGUUACUUUUGUUAUAUGAACUUUUAAGGGAUUUACUUCCAUGUUACUUUUGUUAUAUGAACUUUUAAUCAUUUCACUUCUAUUUUACUCUUGUUAUAUGAACUUUUAAGGGAUUUUACUUACAUGUUACAUUUGUUCUAUGAACUUUUAAUCAUUUCACUUCUAUGUUACUUUUGUUAUAUGAACUUUUAAGGGAUUUUACUUCCAUAUUACUUUUGUUAUAUGAACUUUUAAUCAUUUUAUUACUGUUAUUCUGUUAUUAUUAACUUUUAAUCAUUUUAUUACUGUUACUAUUGUUAUUAUUAACUUUUAGUCAUUUCAUUUCCUUGUUACUUUUGUUAUAUGAACUUUUAAGGGAUUUUACUUCCAUGUUACUAUUGUUAUAUAAACUUUUAAUCAUUUUAUUACUGUUAUUCUGUUAUUAUUAACUUUUAAUCAUUUUAUUACUGUUACUUUUGUUAUUAUUAACUUUUAAUCAUUUCACUUCCAUGUUACUUUUGUUAUAUGAACUUUUAAGGGAUUUACUUCCAUGUUAUUU